UAAAAACUCACAAACAUGGCCCACAACUUAGUUGAGUGUUCACUUAUCUAUCCGUGAUAUCGACAAGCUUCGAUAAAAUAUAUAUUUCAUUGGAGUUGAGAUUGCGCAAUGGAUGACUGCGAGAGAAGAGUAAGUCCCAUGCAGAGCUUGACACCAUCGAACACAGGUCCUGCCCAGGCAGGUACCACCUCAGUGCAGGUACCUCGAUACAGUUCCUCAGUCUUACCGUCUGACCGCAAUGAUGGUUACUGGGUUGAAACAUUUCAUUUUGACCUGGAACACGACCGUGUACCUGGGAUCAUAGUAUCUGGCCUUGUCUCUGGGCUCAUUGAGUUUCUUGACAAUCCAAUUGCCGAAGCUGAGCACAAAGCCCGCGAGGAUAUCGAGUGUGACAAUGGUCAGCUCAACGAUGUGAAGCCCACUUGUGAAUGGACAAAGUAUGAGAUUGGAAAGUUCGACUCUCCAGUUGCAGUCACUGCAGUUGAUAUUACUGGCAAUGGGCUCAUGGAUCUUGUGAUAUGCCAUGAUUACGGCCCUUUCAUGCUAGAGUGCAAUCUAGCUGGUGGCCAUAUCACAUGGCUGGAGAACCCGGGACGUAACAGACUGAAGUAUGGUCAUUGGAAAGAACGCUACAUUGGUAGAUGGCCAGCCAUGCACAGGAUCAAAGCAGGACAUUUCACACAAAGGUCUUACCUUGAGAUUGUUGCUGCAUCCGUUGUAUAUGGGCCACACGACAAGACCACUCCUAUCCCAAUAAUCAGGUUCCAAGCUCCCGAGAAGGUACUGGAAGCUGUUGAAUGGCCUAGGGAUAUUAUUGACGAUGAGAAUUUCACCGUCAUUCACGAAGUCACCGUACGCAAGUUCAAUGGACCUGGUGGUCUGGACUCAAUGCUUAUCUGCUCUCGUGAGGGCCUCACAUGGCUAUACUACGAGAAAAAGGAAUGGCAUCGGCAGCUUAUAACCGUUGGCGAACCAAUGGAGCCGCGACAAUCCCCAACUUCGGAAUCCCCAGGCAGUGGUGAUCAUUGGGGAUCUGGAUGUUCAGAUUCUGGCAAAUUUGGUGGCAAUCCAUUUGCUUACAUUGCAACAUUAGAUCCAUUUCAUGGCAUCGCCGCAUGCGUCUACACCAAGGUUGAUCGCGGCAUGAAGCAGCAAAAGUGGAAGCGACAUGUGCUUGAUGUUUACGGUACACCGAAUCAGCAGCUCAAGACGGGAGAUGGCCCUGGUCAUUUCAUCGUUUGUGCUGAUUUUGAUGGUGAUGGCAACGAUGAAUUCUUACUAUCCCUGUUCGGACCAUUGGACCGCGAUGAACAUGGCGAAACUAUUCCGCCCGGUCCUGGGCCCAACCCUAACAAGGGAAUCAUGUACUACAAACCACUGGACCUAGAGAACGGGAUAUUCGCUAAAUGGCGAAUCGCCGAGGAAUCGACAGCUCGAAUCGCCCUGGGAAAUUUUGCGGGUAAAGGCCUUGUCGACCUUGUCUCGAUCAGUUACAAUGUCAAACGCUACUAUGAGGAACCACGCCCUGUUGUUAGGUUGUACCUCAAUGAUUUUGUCAGAUCACGGCCCGCCAAUGUCGAACCAGCGAUUGUUCCCACAGUUUGGGAUCAGGAAGGUAUGGUGUAUGUUCGGGAUCCCGCAAACGAUAGAUCUCUCCAACAUCCGCAUUCCAUUCCUUUAAUCGAUAUUGGCAACUAUGCUAUUAGUACAGAGGUUUAUCCGAAGGGGCAUGCUAUCCCUGUCGGGGCUGGGCACGGUAUCAAGGUCCUUUAUAGUUCUAUUGGCUUCUUUUCUGAAGGUAAGUCCUAUGCGACAAUGCCAGCCGAAGAACCAGUGGAGAUCCGGUCCCCUUUCAGCGUAGCGCCAUUCACAGCUUCCAUGACUACGAGUUCUUACAAUACUGCAUAUGCGUCAAACAUUACCGGUGCAAUCCUCCUGCGACUAGUUCCAAUUUCGAGUCCCUCCUUGUUCUCAACUGUGGGUGAUGUCCCAGUCGUAACAAAAUUAGACACCAGUUCACUUGGUGCAAAUCUGGAUUCUUUGCAUAUCAAUAGCGUCGACAGUCUGUGGUGGGGGAUCGACAACCCAUUUUUCAAGAAUGCAAACUUCCACAAUUUGGCCGGGUUUCAUAUCAGAUUGCUGGAUUCCAAGAAGCCCAUUUGCCAUAUGCAGUUUUGGACUGCAGGCAGUGGUGUCAAUUGCGGAGUCCACAACCACUCCGACGCACUCUUCUCGGAGAUACAUAUCUCACUCAACUCAGGCACCGACACCGGUGGAAUGAGUCGACUGAAAGCCGAAUUUGAGGAUGUUCCUCCCAAAGACAUGAAUACGUUGGAUGAGAGUGCUUUUGACCACCUUGAGCUCAAGCCGCUUGAGGAACAUGGGGGAAUCUGGAAGCGCGAUCCUUACGGGAAACCCAUGAGGGGAAAGAACAAUGUUGUUCAAUACCCGUGGCAUAAGUGGCAGGCUGGAAAUGGCUCCGGUGUUGAUCUGUGGCUGGCAUUGGAAUUCAAUCCUGAUUUGUAGUUGGAAUUCGAUCAAACCAUUUUCACGACAC